GUGGAAGGACUUCAGUUAGGUUGGGAUGCUGGUUACAGACAUGUCAGACUUGAGUUAGAUUCCGCCUGCGCGCUGCAGCUGCUGCGGAGUACUGACUAUGAGGAGCAUCACCAUGCAGCCAUCAUUGAUAGAGCGCUUGAGCUACUUACGAGACAGUGGGAUGUUGAGAUUGCCCACGUAUAUAGAGAAGGUAAUAAGUGUGCAGACUAUCUUGCCAGUAGAGGUCAUCAUAGCUCUCUGGGUAUUCAUAUGUUUCCGAUUUUAGAUCCUAUCCUGUGUAACUGGAUUUUGUACGAUGUUCAGGGGAUCACCGAACCCCGUGUGAUUUUGAAUGAAAGGUAG